CGCUGGCACAUACGGUAGUCAUGUUCUCCGCACGACCCGAGAACACCAUGUCUAUCCAUAUGUUUCAUAGCAGCCGGCGGUACUGACAGGUUAGGUCAAGUCUGACGUGAACACGAGAUGCGCAGGACAUAGCCAAGCAGUGCUUCUGGUAGGUAAUCUAACCUUAAACCGGAGGAAAGUUAAUUCCUCCGCAAGUCCCGGAUGUGUGCACAUGGCAAUGUAAAUUCCCCAUAAAGGAAGCGUGGGCUGCACUGUUCGGUGCGCACAGCAGAUUCAUUUCGAUUCCACUCUGUAUUCGACAUGCUUUCUUCGUUGAAAUACCUCCUUGGAGGCGCGUUAGCCAUCUUAUCCAUAACUCCGAACGUCAAUGGACAGACCUAUCCCGGCCCGGGUGCGGUCUCAGGCAGCACUUUUGCCCAUGACCCAACGGUAGUCAAGACGCCGAACGGCCAGUAUCUCAUGGCCUAUACAGCACCUGGCAUCGCCCUCAAGACAUCCUCUGACCGCACUGUCUGGCGCGACGCCGGUCUCGCCUUUACCAAUGCCAACGCCCCAUGGACGCAACCAUACACAGGCGCCACCAACGAGAAUCUCUGGGCCCCAGACCUCUCGUACCACAACGGCAAGUACUACUUAUACUACUCUGCCUCGACCUUUGGCUCGCGCAAAUCCGCAAUCUUCCUGGCUACCAGCACCACGGGCGCAGCAGGCUCAUGGACGAACCUCGGUGUCGUCAUUGAAACGAACGCGAACAGCGCCUACAACGCCAUCGACCCCAACCUGAUUGUCGACGCUUCCGGAAAGUGGUGGUUGUCUUUUGGUUCCUUUGGAAACGGGCUCAAGUUGAUUUCCAUCAACCCGAGCACCGGCAUGCGCUCAGGCACCAGCAUGGUUGACAUUGCUAGCCGUGGAAGCGGCGGUGCCAUUGAGGCACCCGUCAUUGUGAGGAACGGCAACUACUACUAUCUUUGGGUCUCGUUCGAUAGGUGCUGCCAGGCUGCUGCUAGUACCUACAACAUCAGGGUCGGCCGAUCGACUAACGUUCAGGGCCCGUACGUUGACCGCAACGGCGUCAACAUGAUGUCGGGUGGCGGUACUGUGGUCUUGGCAUCUCAUGGCACUAUUCGUGGACCCGGUCACAACACUGUCUUCAAGGACAACGAUGCCGAUGUGCUUGUCUACCACUACUAUAGGCAGUCUGAUGGCCAGGCACAGCUGGGAAUUAACCUUCUCCGCUACGACAACGGUUGGCCCGUUGCUUAUUAAGUAAGGAACGCGUCGCAGGCUGUGCAUUGUUAUCUAACGCUCGGCCCUGCGUUUCAAUGAACCUGCUGAGCUCUUGAAGACACAGGCGGGGGCGAUGACUUUCUCUCCAAAUAUUCUUACCAUUGUACAUAGCUUUUGGAAUCGUACAUAUUCAUACUUCCGGUGUAAGCUGCGGUAUUCACC